UAUUGUGAAAUUUAAUUUGACCAGCGUUGCGACUCGAGAUAUGGAAUCCAAGGAUAAUGAUUCAUUAGAGCCUGCAGAUACUGCAGCUCAAGGUAAACGAAGACAUCCUGGUGAGGACAGCCAAAGUUUUGACGACGGUGGCACAAUUAAGAAAAAAAGAUCGCAGGAUAAUGAAGUGGAAAAUGAAGAAGCCGAUGAAGAAAUAACAUCAAGCAAUUUUGUUGUAAAAACGGAAAAAACGGAUGAAGAGCCAACAAGUUCUGUCAGCGAUACUCUUGUAAAAACAGAAAAGUCCGAUGAAGAGUGUUCAAAUGACAACAUUGCUACAGCUGCAGUGAAAAUAAAAAGCGAACCUGUCGAUGAUGAGCCUGCUUCUAGUACACCUACUGUAACUAUAAAAACGGAACCAGCCGCUGCACAAGUGUCACCAGCAAACAGUGGCCAAUCUGCGACAGUUUCAAGCUCCUUGCGUCCAUCUUGUCGUUUUGGUGUACGUUGCUACAGAGUCAAUCCUGCCCAUCGCGCGGCAGAAGCACACCCAGGCGAGUCUGACUAUCGCCGUCCUGAUUUUCCCGCUCCGCCGCUUGGUACCCCGAACUGCCCAUUCGGCAACUCAUGCUAUAGGCGUAACCCAGUACAUUUCCAACAGUAUUCCCACCCUGCAGAUUUCAAUUCUGCACAGAAUAUACGAUUGCGACAGCGACGUGCACAGACAAAAAUCGUGAAUGGAACAGCUGGGCUAUCUGACUUGGAAUCUGAUGAGGAAGACCCUUUCCAUGACCAUGAUGGCUCUGAUGACGAUUAUAAACCUGGUGAUAAUGUAGACGAUAGUGAAGAUGAAGAUGAGCUGGAAUUCAACAGUGAGCGUCAGCAUUGUGAUGACUAUGAUUAAGUUAAUAAAUGCAUAAAAGUUGUUAAAGUUUUUCUACGUUUUAAAAUA